GGCCUGCACCUCACUGCCCUCCUCCCGCCUUGUUCUUAACGUUUGCACAAAACAAAUCUCGUGUACGUGAAGAUGAUGAUUCUUCUUCUCGGCCUCCUGCUCCUCCAUUCGCCCUCUGCGACGGCGAGGAUUCCGGGAGUUUACACCGGCGGCGACUGGCAGAGUGCCCAUGCUACGUUCUACGGCGGCAGCGACGCCUCCGGCACCAUGGGUGGGGCUUGCGGCUACGGGAACCUGUAUAGCCAAGGGUACGGGGUCGAGACGGCGGCGCUGAGCACGGCGCUGUUCAACGACGGGCUGAGCUGCGGGGCUUGCUUCGAGAUCAAGUGCGCCGACGACCCGCGGUGGUGCCACCCGGGAAGCCCUUCUAUCUUCAUCACCGCCACCAACUUCUGCCCUCCAAACUUCGCCCUUCCCAGCGACAAUGGCGGUUGGUGCAACCCUCCCCGCCCCCACUUCGACCUCGCCAUGCCCAUGUUCCUCAAGAUCGCGGAGUACCGUGCCGGCAUUGUUCCCGUUGCAUACCGGAGAGUGCCGUGCCGGAAGAGUGGAGGGAUCCGGUUCACAAUCAAUGGGUUUCGGUACUUCAACCUGGUGCUGAUUACAAAUGUGGCCGGCGCCGGCGACAUCGUCAAGGUGAGCGUGAAGGGGUCGAAUACCGGGUGGAUGCCCAUGAGCAGGAACUGGGGCCAGAACUGGCAGUCCAACGCAGUGCUCGUUGGGCAGACCAUCUCCUUCAGGGUCACCGGCAGCGACCUCCGGACCUCCACCUCCUGGAACAUCGCCCCUGCCAAUUGGGAGUUCGGCCAGACCUUCGUCGGCAAGAAUUUCCGUGUCUGAUUGAAAAAUAGAGGGAGAACUUCAAUGGACGAACUCGGACAAGAGUACCAUUUUCGUCCAUGCUUUCUCAUAUUUCUGUAUUGUAUUAGGCAUGUAAUAGGAAAGUGUUAUAGGGGUAUGAUUUGGUGAAAGAAAGAGGGAACGAGGGACUGUCUGUUACUUGGAAGUCAUGGCGGCGGCAGGGGCGGUGGUGAAGUGGCUGAAGUGGCUGUCAAAUUUACGCAGCCCGCAGCGGCGGAGAUUUUGGACAAGGAUUGUGUCAUAAUAUAGUUCUUUUUAUCUUCUAUGAUUAUGGCAUAUGUUAUGUAAAACUUUGGUGAUGAAUCAACUGUAUGGUUCAUAACUUUUUAUUAAUUUAGAUGUGUUUCCUA